AUGACUGACAAGACCGCCGUGUUGGAUCGCGUCUAUCUCGCGGAGAGUGUUGUGCAGGCCUGUCUGGCCCACGCCCUCACGACGGAGCAGGAGGAGGUGAUGGGGGUUCUCCUCGGCGACAUUCAGCCCUCCUCCUCUCCGGCGGGCGGGGCGGGCCGCAAGUGGGCGCACGUGUGGGGGGCCGCCGUCGUGCAGCGCAGCGUGCGGCGAAAAGACCGCGUCGAAAUCGCCCCGACGGAACUCGCGGCGGUCGCGGCGGAGGCGGAGCGGCGGGGCGGGUGUGUCGUCGGCUGGUACCACAGCCACCCCCGCAUCACCCCGUACCCCUCGCACGUCGAUCUCCGCUCGCAGCGCGACUACCAACAACUCGAGAGCGGCUGGGUCGGCCUCAUCUUCAGCGUCUUCUACACAGACACCUCGCAGAAGAGCGCCGUCUCCAUUCAUUGCUUUCAAACAGGAGCGGGCGACUCACACAUUAUGGUGGACUUUGAAAUUGUGCCACGCCUCGACAAAUUGUCACCGUCCUCGCUCUCUCGGGAUCUAACUCAUGAAAUGUUGCAAGUAUUCGCUACAGAAAUAGAAGAAGCUGUUGAACUCGUGCGAAAACGCACCGGCGGGGCGGUGGACGCCGUAUCCGCUGCACGUGCACUGCAGGAAGUUCAGCUCUAUACAAUGGAAAAACUCAUUGCUGAGCCCGCACUCCUCCAUCUGCAGGCCUCUAUUGCAUAUUUAGAGAAAAAGGUGAAGCAUCUUGAAGGGAAACUUCAGAACGCGCAACGCUGA